UUCACAAACUCCAUCCCACCCGGUCCGAGUUGUGGGCCCGACCCACCUCUUUCGUCUCCCAUUACCCUCCAGCCGCCGCCUCCGCUCCUCUCCUCCCCUCGUCGCUGCCCUCACCUCGGUGCUCGUCGCCGUCGCGCCGCCCUCCCAGAUCGACGCCCCAGGCCGCCUCCUACCCGCGCGGCCCACUUCCGACUGCGACGAAGCCCCAGGGGCCGCCUCUCCCACGCUCGCGGCCUGCCAGCCAUGCAGCGCGGGAAGGCGGUUCAGGAGGCGGAGGGCGGCGGCGGCGGCCUGGAUCUGGAGGAGGAUGAGCUGGAGGAGUUCCGGCUGCCGAUGAGCCACCGGCCUACGGAGAACCUCGACACGGAGGGGCUCGAGCAGGCGUCCGUCCACACGCAGCUCACCGCCUCCAACGUCGGAUUCAGGCUGCUGCAGAAGAUGGGGUGGAAGACCGGCAAGGGGCUCGGGAAGAACGAGCAAGGUAUUCUAGAGCCAAUAAGAGCUGACAUCAGAGAUGCAAAAUUAGGUGUUGGGAAGCAAGAGGAAGAUGACUUCUUCACAUCGGAAGAGAAUGUGCAAAGAAAGAAACUGAAUAUUGAACUUGAGGAGACUGAGGAACAUAUAAAGAAGCGUGAGGUCAUAGCAGAACGUGAGCAAAAAAUCCGCAGUGAGGUCAACGAGAUACAGAAGGUGUUCUUUUGCAACCUCUGCAAUAAGCAAUACAAGCUGGCGUAUGAAUUUGAGAGUCAUUUGAGCUCAUAUGAUCACAAUCAUAGAAAGAGGUUUAAAGAGAUGAGAGAAAUGCAGAGCAGCAGUGGUAGCCGUGAUGACAGGCAGAAACGUGAACAACAACGAGAAGAGAAGGAGCUGGCAAAAAUUGCUCAACUGGCGGAUGCUCAUAGGAAACAGCAGCAGCAAAAGCAAGAGAUGUCAGAGACCCCAAUAGAGAGUGCUGCACAAAAAACUGUGGCUGCCCCUGCUAAUCAGGAUCAGCGGAAAACAUUGAAGUUUGGAUUCUCCAGAAUGGCUCCUUCCAAGGCUCCAGUUGGCAAUAUUAGCAAGAAACCAAAGGUUGCCACAAAAGUUUCUUCAGUCUUCAGCAAUGAGAGUGAUGAGGACUCGUGAUCUUUGCAGUCGAACUGUCGUGGCGAUUCCAGAUUCCAGUAAGUGCCCUUGAGAAUGUGAGAUGCCAAUAUGCCAUGUAUGUGGUGCUUGUUCUUCUUGCUGGCCGAGGCGGAUGGUGGCAUCUUUGACAAUCUCAUGUGAACAAACAGGAACUUGAACUUUCACAGUGUCAGUUGUAUGAACUCAAGGGUACAUUGUACAAGCAACUUUGUAUUGUUCUUGCUACAUUAUUACCAUUCGUCCUUGCAAUCAGACAAUGCCCUUGGGACACACCCUUGUACUGCCAUUGUUGGCUUUUAAUGUAACACCUUUGUUCUUGAGGAUUAAAGUUGGCAUUGCUUUACA